GCAGUUAAAUAUCUAGGGAUUCAAUGAAACAUUAGUUUCUUCAGAUUUCGUUACGAACAGACUAUGGUUCGCAUAAUCUACUCAUUAAAACAAACUUGUUAAUCGCCUAGUUAUUUCGUUUCUGUUGGACAAAGUUAUUUCGUUAAUCGUUCUCGGGUACCGUUCAUUUCUUGCUAAUGCAUUUCAUUCAUUAAUGAUACGUCAUUUAAAAGUCCUAACUAGAAUAUUUCGCAUAAAGGGACGUCAGUUACGCCACUGGAUAUACGCACACAAUGACGACAGACGAAGCACGAACGCACACGUAUGAACACCCCUAUGCGAGGAGAGCCAUGACCAGCUCGGCCUAGUGCGUCUUCCACGCACGGCUCGUCAGUGGUCGCCGAGUAGGCCGUGGGAGAGGGUUUCUAAAUACGUUAAAGCUUGCUUUUGCUACGAGUGUGCACUCGUAUCGUAUCGACUAGCGACACCGCUGCUUUCAAAGAUACUAUAAUCAUCAUCAGGAAUGCACCAAACCUCGAAAGAAACUAAUGUGACGAUUGCGAAAACAAAGCUUUAGUGAAGAUAUACAAAUAUCGAACAAUACACAUGUUAAGAAAGACAAGGACAAACAUUUGGAUAGCAAUAGAAGAUAAAACCAAGACGACAGUAGAAGACGAAGAUAAGAACUUUCGUGGGUGAAUUUUGUUUUUGUAAAUUAGACCGUGUACAUGAUCUGUUCGCAAAAUGAUUGGCUAUUACUGGUGAAGAUUAAAGGGAUGUGAAGAGAUUUGCUUUGAUCGGCGGUUUCGCGUAUACACGCGCUUCCGCGCGCUAUGUGCAGUCACUAGGGGUUGGAUUCUUUACGGCAACGUUUCUGUCGUCUGGCUUCAACGAAAUUGAGUUACCAAUGCGAGUGCACACAUAUGCUAACUAAUCGUACAUCUCCUAACGUACUACUCGGCGGCCAUUUGAACAGUUUCGCCGUACUACGCCAGAGUUUUGGAAAUAACCCGCUUUGCUAAUUGAGUUAACCGAGAUGGCGAGUACCUCGCAGCAGUACUGUUUGCGUUGGAACAAUCACCGCUCUAAUUUACUGACAGUGUUCGAUGAGUUGCUGCAAAAUGAGGCAUUCACUGACGUGACUUUGGCAGUUGACGGAGGCGCGUCUGUCAAAUGCCACAAGAUGGUCCUAGCAGCAUGUUCCUCCUACUUCCAAACUCUGUUCAUUGACUUGCCAUGCAAGCAUCCUAUCGUCGUAUUGAAAGACGUGAAGUAUUCUGAGAUCAAAGCCAUCCUGGAGUAUAUGUACCGAGGCGAAGUAAACGUGGCUCAAGAGCAAUUGGCUGGGUUAUUAAAAGUCGCGGAAGUACUAAAGGUGAAAGGGUUGGUUGAAGAAAAUGGCCCCCAAGGUCGUCGUGACGAGGUUGAAACCUCUAUGUCACCUCCUCCAGCCAUAAGCACCAGUACAACCAGCAGCGCAGCUCACAGUAGCGAUCAUACGUCUCCUCCACAUUCUACGGGGACUACUUAUGAUAUUUAUGGCAAAUCACCAGCUGAUAGAAGUAGCCGUUUACCGCUGCCAAUGUGGCCUCUACCAGGGAUUCCUAUCACUCAUUCCAGCUCCAGUCACCAGACGGCGACACAUCAACAUUCUGCCAUGUUAAGCGGGUCAUCAUCCAUUUUAACCGGUUUUGAGACUUCUCCAUUGAAACGCAGGAAACUCUCAAAUAUGUUAAUGAACAGAGACACGCCGAUUCUCAGAACGGUGCUGGGUCAAGGUCACGCGGAUAGUUCCCAAGGGAUUCCCCUCUUGCACCCGGAUAGCCACGAAAAUCAGUUCAGAAGCAACAGUAAUGGCUCCUCGAAUGAGAAUGACAGGCGCAGUAGUACGGAUGUAGUUCAUGGGGAUCCUGCACAUAGUCCUUAUACUGAUGUGUCUAUAAUGGAUGAAGACGAUAAGCAAGCAUCGCCACAGUCAUAUAUUCCAGACAUUAAACCAGGGAUGGUUAACUACGUACCAGCGCAAAAGCCAGAAUGGAAACGGUACAAGCAAUACACGAGGGACGACAUAAUGUCUGCGAUCGAGGCAGUACGUUCGGGAAUGAGUGCCCUCCAGGCGGCACGUAAGUACGGAGUACCCUCUCGAACUCUUUACGAUAAGGUGAAAAAACUAGGAAUCACGACAUCACGACCAUUUAAACGUGGCUCGAAUGGUAGUGGCGCCUGUUUUCCUUACGGAAUCGGUGGUAACGCAAAUGGCAACAUCUACAGCGGUGCCCUCUCGGAAAACGAGAACGAGAGUGGCAGUGUGAUCGAGGGUUCUGGAUCUAUCCUCGAUACAUAUAAGUCGAGAGACGGUCUUGUAGACCGGGAGAUGUUGGACGCCAGUCGUUGUACCUCUAGCCCCAUAGUGCAUUCCGUGAAACAGCAGAACGAAGAUCAAGUCGAAGAUCUCUCUAUAAGUCGUAAGUCGGAUGUUCGUGUGAUAGUCCCACCAACCUCAGUGAUCAAGGACGAGGAGGAUAUUGGCUCUGAUUCGUGUAGUCACAAUUAACCUAGGUUUACUAUCUUAUCUCUCAUGAUUACCAGGCUAUACCUCUGACAGAUACUAAACGUACUAUUACUCAGUCCGUUAUCUCAUGGGAACUGUUCGAAAAGUUUCCAAAUAAUUUAAGGGCAUUGGAUUUUAGAAGGAGUUAUACGCAAGUAUCCGUAGUGUCCCGUGAAACGAAAAUACGUUCCAGCUUCGUAAUAUAACGAAUUUAAAAAAUUAUCCUAUACUUGACGAUGAUCUGAUUGUUCGUUUCACGGGAGAUCCCCCUAGAGACAAUCACAGACUUGUGUGUGCCUCAGAGAGAGCAACAAGGCGAUAUAAAUGGAUUAAAAGACGCAACCAAACAGAAGCCAAUUAAGUAAGUCAACGUUUAACAAAUAACUCAGGGAUCAAUAAUAGAGUGUCGUCGCAAAAGUAAGUCAUAAAACAUACGUAUAUACAUAAGGAAUCUGGUAUAUGAGGUUCUUCUCAGAUUACCUUGCACAAGACUGAUUCAUGCGUUAUGAGUUCAAGAGACUGAAGUAUAAUCAACGAUUGUGUUCCGAAGUUGUUAAAGCCUAAUGCUAAUAAGGAAUAUAGUGCCUUCUCAUAUUGACGUACUUUAACAAUUUAAAAGAAAGUAUCAGUAGUUCAUUAAAAGUUGUUAGUGAUAAGGAAGAAAAGCUUUGCAAAUGUUCUUACUCGAAUAUUUAAUGAAAUUGAUGACAUUUAUAUAUACAUAUAUAUAUGUUUUUGUUUUUUUAGCUUAUUUUAAUUUGUGAAGUCUUGAAGAAAUGCGUUUUAAUCAGAUUAAUCGCAGAAACGGGCUUUCGAUGAUACGCGAAAGAUCUUCAAGAUUUUACAAACUAAUUUCGAAUCGCAUUAAGCUUUAAACACUUUUGAACUAUUGAAUAUAUAUAUUUGUUUUUUUUUAAUUCAGUGUAAUCAUUGUGAUUCGAUAUUCUCGUUUUUUUCUCAUCUAGCAAUCUACAUAGUAGUAAUAUUUUAUAAUCUUCAUUGAUUUUUAUAGAAUAUAAAUGCCGCGUGAAAGAAAAAGGUGAAGAGAUUGUAUAUUGUUUUAAUAAUUUUGUUUUUAAUUCUUUUUUUUCUUUUAAGAGAGAUUUUCUAUCUUUAGCAUUAAAUGCUGUCACUAAGACAUAGAUUAUAUAUACAAACUAUAUAUUAUAUACAUGUAUACAUACAUACAUAUAUAUAUAUUCUGAAAAAGCAUAAAGAAAGAGAAAAAAAGGAUGGAGUUAUACACUUUGAAUAAUUUCGUGUUAUUGACUGAUGAUAUCGCUGUUAAUUUGUUGCUAAUUAUAAGAAUACAUUAGCGUUACUGAUCAAUGGCCCUGGGAUACAGCUGCAAUAUUGCUCAAUAUUAAUGCAUAAUAACAUACGAAUGAAGUACCUCUAAAUAUUAAUGCAUAAUAACAUACGAAUGAAUUACCUCUAAAUAUUAAUCCAUACAUGGAUUAAUACUACCUCGAAAUAUUAAUACAUAAUUACACGGAACGAACUACCUCAUUGUACAACGAACAAUAGUGUUCAUUAUUAACGUUAAGACUGAUAGAGCCGAACCUACAUUAUUAUAUAUAUUGUCUGCUAUAUUAUAUUAUAUCAUAUUACCUACGUAUAGAUAGUGAAGUAAUAAAUUUAAAACAUACGUUACGACUCACAUGUUCUUUUUGAAAAUAGAUUUAAGCACUUUUUAUUUUUCAGUUAUAAUUCUUUUCACUGAAACGUGUUACUGAAAUACAAAAUGCAAAGUGAAAAAUUUGGAAAGUAUUCAUUUCUUUAUCAAUAAUAUUAAAAUAGAACGGAAAACAGAAUUUGAUAAAACAAUCAUCCUGAGUGAACAUGGAGAAAAAUACAAACGCAAGGCAAUGUAUUUUCAAAGAGAAUACCGUACUUCAUAGAAGAAAGUUGCGUGAAUGAGUGAUAUCCAAUGUGUGACGAAUAAUAUGUUUAAUAAUUAUUCCAAAUCAACAAAUAUCAAUUGCAUAACAAUUUCAAUAGAUUUGUUUAAAAAUUUAUAGCGCCAAACGACCAUUUGAAAUUUUCCUGUCCUCCCGCACUGGGUUGUUAUUGGUUACUUUUUUCGCGGGAGAACAACUUUGCGCAGUUGGUAGUAGUAUGUGCUGUUUGGAGAAUUAUUUAAUAGUGGUGACGAAUAACACGAAAUUGUAAUUUCACCUGAAUAUUUUGCUUUCUAUUUUUACAGCAUUUUACAUAUUUUAUAGCAUUUUAUUAUUAUAACAAUAGAAUUGUAGAAUAAUGAAAAAUUGAACACAAUCAAGUGUCUCAAAGCACUCGAGUGUCAGAUGAAAUGACAAUUUCUUGUUACUAUUGCAUAUAAUAAAAUUAUCACACUGUACCUGUACGCUGAUCGCGAUGCGAUUGUAAAAUAGAGAAAUAAUGUUUAUACAGAAUGUUUUAGAAAUCAUGGCACAAUGAUGAUAAGGCAGCGAUUUUAAGAUAGAAAAUAAGUCGAAAAUGUUGAAUGAAAUUUAUUGUGGUCUUAAGUGGAUAUACUGCGGAUUUUUAUGCAUUUAUGAGAAAUUUGGAGGCGCAAAAAUACACAAAAUGCAUACGAUAUACAGAAAUAUACCUUUGGUGAGCUGGUAAGUGAAUAUAAAUCAGAAUCAUUAGUUUUCCAGAUAAGCACUUAUAAUAUUUGAAGUGCAAUAUAAGGCCAGGUGUUAGAUUUUGAAUAUACUAUUAGAAUGAUAAGCAAAUGACAGUAAUGUGAAUUAUAUUAGCGUAAAAUAUCCAAAAUAGAAUAUUUAUUUUAAUAUUUAGCAGAUGAAACAAAUUCCUAUUUAAAUUUUAUUUCUAUAGUUAUGUUUAUAAAAAUACAAAAAUUCAUAAAAACCAACAAUCUAUAAACGGAGAAACUUUAUUCUAUGCUUCUAACUUAUUUCACGUAGAAUAAAUGCUGACUGUUUACUCAUAACCAGCCGGUAAUUAGCAAAGUUCACAUGAUCGAAUUUUGAAGUUUGAUUUUAUUGAAAACAAAGUGCCACGUGAAAAAAUUUCAUUCCAUAUUCUCGAUUUAUUGACUCACUAUAUAUAUAUACUGUAGUAUAGUAUCCCUUCCUAUACCAUGAUAUUAGAACACCUUGUAUACAAAAAUGACUGAUUUCAAUAUAGACAAAUAUUGAGGCCAUAUUGUAGCGAUAGAAAGAAAUAUUAAAAUUGAGAAAGAUAGAAAUAUAUAACAAUGCCGAAAUAGAUAUGCAUAUAACAUGCCUAACCAGGCAAAAAAUAGUUCAACCGAAACAAAUAUUUAGACUGAGAUAUAUUUAAAAGACUAUACAAUGUGUUCAAAAUAAAGAGAGAAAGUAUAUAGUUGUAAAUUAAAAGUGCAAGGUGCUCAAGAACAUAUCAAUGAAUUUCAAAAUUCGCGCUCGAAGAUGUCGUUAACAAUUUUUGCACAGAAUAAUGAACUUAAUGAAGAAAA